UCAGGUUUCCACAAUCUCCCCAUUCCGCGCCCACCAUACCGAACGACCUGUGCGCGUAAAAGAAAGCCGGAUUUGACGACAAGACGCGCCUUCGGUACUCGCAGAACGAAUUUUCCCGACAUUGCGAGGGAGGGCAUGUUGGUGAAGGAGGCAGACUAACGAACGACUUCGGCUCUGAGCGCGUUCCACGUCCAACGCCAUCAUCGCUCGCGCAUCGCGAACUGCACCCAUCAUCGCUCGACCACCAUGGCCACCAACGGCAACCUGACCCCGCCGUCGCUCCCGCCUGCGCCUACCUCGCCGUCUGCCGCGAAACGAAAACUCCCCGGGGCCCAUGCCAUUGCUCUCCAUGGCGCAUCCGCGUCGGCGCAAGGGAAAGGCGCAAAGGGGACCUCCUACUCUCUGCAAAUGGUGCUCGAGGACAUGUUGUCCGUCUUGAAGAGCUAUGACACGCAGCCUUCCAUCCUAACCCACCCCAUCACCUCGUCCAUAACGCGAAGCUCUUCCGGAGAGGCCGAUUCGAAGCGCGCCAAACUGACUCCACCGGACGGUCCUGUUACUAUUACUAGCCUGGUGCAAGAUGCGUCGUAUGAUUCUCUGCACGCGUUGGAAAAGGAUGUGGAGAGGGCCACAACAGAAAUCCUCGCAGCUAGCGGCGUGACCGAUUCGUCAAAUGUACCAGCUUCACUGGAGGAGACAACGCUACAAGCAAAGGUUCUUGCGUUUCGAAAGAUUGCCAAGGAUCUGGUGGACAGGGAAGAGGCGCGCAAAGCCCAGCUCGAGACCAAACACGUCGAUACCGAAGGUGGGGAUCAAAUAUCAAAAGAUGAAGGAACACCUGUGCUGGCCAAGGAAGAAGAACCACUGGUGCCAGAAAGCCGGACGGUCCUUACGCUGUACGGAAGUGCGCCCCCUAAGCAACUCUUUUCGAGCUUGCAACAACCACACAGAGUCCCACCCGCACAUGGAACGUCCACUCUCGACGCCGCUGUCAAGGUCGUAUUGCCUCUACGAGAGACCAACCUACCUAACAUGAUUUCGACGACUGAGGUGUAUCCACUCCCUAAUCCAGUAGACAGCAGGACGAAGAAAGCUGCGACGAUUGGAGAGAUCUUUCGUGCACCCGCGCACUUGCCACAGAUCAGCCCUCCAAAGUCUGUCAGGCCUACAACAAGCAAGGGCAACAAUACCAUCACUUUCGCGCCUCUGGAAGCACCCAAACCAGGUCGCAAAGGAUCUCAAUCGUACGCGCAUCAGACCUUGUCAGUUGCGUCUUGGCUUGGAUAUGGUGGAGUGGAUAUCCCCAAGGAUCAAACCUCUCCUACCGCGAAGCAAAAGAGCAGACAACGAGCGUUAAGCAUGGGCGAAGCGCAACAGCCGCCGUCAGGGUUGACCCUUGUUGCACUCCAGCAAGCAAAGGAAGACGCAUUGUUCCGCAGUGCCUAUUCCAGCUUCGCGCCUACUCGAGACGACUCUUCGGCUGUCAUUCCCGAAGAGACGAAGAAUAUGGUGUGGUGGCAGAAGGUGGGCGAAAAGCGCUUCAACGAGACUUUCCCGAUCGAUCCAGCUCUGCUCAGCGCAGAAGAAGUCAAUGGAGCUGAUGCCAAUGGGGCCACUAGUGAAGAAGCAGGGUUUGAGGAGGCUGUAGCAAAUUUCGUCCCGGUCGAUGCAGAUGUUUUGCCUGGCACAGACGAGAAGAGCGAGGAAGAAAUGGAUACAGACGAAGUGCUCAAGGAGAUCUCGGAACUCCUCGAGACUCUGGCAUCUUACCAGAGGAUACGGAACUCGUCGCUAACUACCAACCCACGCACACCGGUUGUACAGAACUCGUCCCUCGCUAUUCUGGCAGGGAGCCCGUCCACACCGUCCACGGAGGAAAUCGACGUCUACCAGAUCCUCAAAUCACAGCUGACCUUGCUGAUUUCACAGCUCCCGCCGUACGCCGUUGCGAAGCUGAACGGCGAUCAGAUGGACGAACUCAACAUCAGCCGAACAAUCUUAUUCGACACGAAGGAGUACAAGGGCGUUUUGGAAGAAGACCAGCUUUCGAGACUUGCAAAAGUCCCGGCAGCAGCAACUUCUACACCCGCAACCCUUGCACGAACAGGCUCUGGUGCACACGUACACUACCCUGGAAGCAGUACCCAGUACACUCGCCCUGCCCCUUCAGUCCCCCAGUCGAACGCGCGUCCGGUCUAUGCGCAACAACAGUCCCUCCAUCGGUCGUCUUCCAUUCAUCUACAACGCUCGCCUUCCGGUCCAGCCCAGAGUUAUCAAGCAGGCGGGGCAUCAUACGCCCCUGCUGCAAGACCAGGGUAUUCGGCGACUCCUUCUUACGGCCAAGCGACCCCAAGGCCGAGUUAUGGAUCGACUGCCUCUGGGUUAUAUCAGUCUCAGCGUUCUGCACAGCCUGGUGCUUAUGGUGGCACCAUGAGCUCGCAGUACUAUAAUUCGACUCCUCAAACCCAGCUCCAAAACCGAUAUACACAACCACCACCCCAGAAUGGCUACUUGUCGCGGCCACAGAACGUAGCUCCGAUGUACAACACGAGUCAGACACCACAACCGCGCACCGCAUCACCCAUGAAGGCGGCUCCAUCACCAUCACUCCCAGGUAUGAGUACCCGGCCUGGGUAUGGCACACCGGGAGGUCAAAUGCGUAGUACGUACUAUGGUCCGUCCCAGUACGGCACUGCGCCAGCUCCUUCUACUCCUGUCUACAAUAGCAUUGGCACCAAUCCUCAGCAGAUGAUGAUUGACCGCCAACAAGCACAGGUGGCAGCUCAGUCGCAAGCCCGUCUAGCGGCGCAGAACAGCUUCAACAGUAGGCAGGACUCUGGAACGCCGCAACCACCAAACGGAUCGUAUAGCGGCCAGGUGAACGGGGCGUCUAUGACGACUUAGGGUGUUAUCAAGAGCAGUUGAACGCUAGGAUUGAUGUGAUUUGAAUACCAUAGAUAACAUGCUGGCGUUCUGGGAGGGUUUGGCUGUGGUUAACAUGGAAGUGACAGCAUUUUUUUUGGGUAUUCUUUUUUCUUGCGCCAGAGUCUGCCUUUCAGGACCGCGCACGGUAAGAUGGUCAAGUGAAACUUUAUAGUGAAAUACCAGCAUUGUGGCAUCUUCAAAUACUAGCCAUCUUCCGAGU